AUGUGACUGACAACCAAGAUGGCGGCUGGGCAGCAGUGGGUGUUAGUUGAGAUGGUCCAAGCUUUUUAUGAGGCACCAGCAUAUCAUUUGAUAUUAGAAGGAAUCCUAAUAUUAUGGAUCAUCAGACUGCUGUUCUCAAAAACAUAUAAGCUGCAAGAGAGGUCUGAUCUCACUGACAAGGAAAAAGAGGAGUUAAUUGAAGAAUGGCAGCCAGAGCCUCUGGUUCCCCCUUCGUUGAAAGAUCAGCCAUUUCUAAAUUACGACGUCGUGACUGGCUCUCCAAGCCACAAAAUGAUUGUUAAUGGGAAAGAGUGCAUUAACUUUGCCUCAUUUAACUUCUUGGGCCUGCUGGAAAAUGCACGUGUUAAGCAAAAGGCACUUGCAUCACUUAGGAAGUAUGGCGUGGGUACUUGUGGCCCAAGAGGCUUCUAUGGGACGUUUGAUGUUCACCUGGAGUUAGAGGAGCGCUUGGCUAAGUUCAUGAGGACAGAGGAGGCCAUCAUCUAUUCCUACGGCUUUGCAACCAUAGCCAGUGCCAUUCCUGCCUACUCCAAAAGAGGUGACAUCGUAUUUGUGGAUGAAGCAGCAUGUUUUGCAAUCCAAAAGGGCUUGCAGGCUUCCCGGAGCUUCAUUAAGUACUUCAAGCACAAUGACAUGGAGGAUCUGGAACGACUGCUGAAGGAGCAGGAGCUUGAGGACCAGAAGAAUCCACGCAAGGCCAGGGUCACUCGAAGAUUCAUAGUUGUGGAAGGCCUGUACAUAAACACAGCUGACAUCUGCCCUCUCCCACAGCUGAUAAAGCUGAAGUACAAGUAUAAAGUGCGCAUCUUUUUAGAAGAAAGCAUGUCUUUCGGUGUGUUAGGAGAGCAUGGCCGGGGCGUCACUGAACACUUUGAUGUUAACAUAGAUGACAUUGACCUCAUAAGUGCCAACAUGGAGAAUGCAGUAGGUUCCAUAGGUGGAUUCUGCUGUGGACGAUCAUUUGUUAUUGAUCAUCAGCGUCUGUCUGGACAGGGCUACUGUUUCUCAGCAUCUCUUCCACCCAUGUUGGCUACAGCUGCUAUUGAGGCCCUCAACAUCAUGGAGGAGGACCCAGAAAUUUUUACCAUCCUGAGAGAAAAGUGUAAAUGUGUCCACAAAGCAUUGCAAGGGAUUCCAGGCUUAAAGGUUGUUGGGGAGUCUUUUGCUCCAGCACUCCACCUCCAGCUGGAGAACAGCACCGGAUCCAGAGAGAGUGAUAUGAGGACACUGCGUUCCAUUGUUGAUUAUUGUUUGGACAGACAUAUAGCUCUGACUCAGGCUCGCUACCUAGACAAAGAGGAGCGUUUCCUUCCACCCCCAAGCAUUAGAGUGGUGGUGACUGUUCAGCAGACUGAGGAAGAAAUUGAAAAUGCAGCAUCCUGUAUUCGUGAGGCAGCUCUUGCUGCACUUAAAUAAUUGACAACGGCUCAGGAUGGCGACGGACAUUGAUAUCAACAAUAACACAUCUGUCCAGCUGCAGACCAUCAUCCAUUUUGCACCUCAUAGAGCUUAUGCCAUGGCUGUUGGAACUGCAGACUUCGGUUUGCUGUGGGAUACUGAGCACGUUGUGCACCAAGAGAACUGAAUUAAUGGCUGCAGCUUUUUUGUUUCAUUAUAAAUAUAAUUUCUAAAACA